UUUACAACGUUGACAUUUUCGGCGCCGGGAUACAGUCAUAUUGUCUACAUGGCAGGUUGAAAACAAACAAAAAUGGAUGACAUUUGGACGUUGCUUGUGUUGUCGUUGGCCAUGUUGAUUGGCUGCUAUUUGUCUGGAAUCAUUCCGCUAUCUGUUAAUUUGUCAGAGGAUAAAAUCAAGUUGAUGACUGUUUUGGGGGCUGGCCUGUUGGUCGGGACUGCCCUGGCUGUUAUUAUACCAGAAGGAAUCCAUGCGAUGGAAAUUGGUUCCAGUUCAGCAGACCAUCACCAUGAGGAAAAGACAUCGGUGCACGCCGCAGGCAACCAUGCCUCGGAAGACCACGAGCACGGUCAUAGUGAGCCGCUGUUUGACGACCACCAGCUGAUCGGCAUCACGCUGGUCUCCGGUUUCAUCUUAAUGCUGCUCAUUGAUCAGAUUGGCGGGGGAGGCCAUAUGCGUGCCCCAUCAGAUGCGGAGAGUGCCCUGUCCGCACCUGGACAGCAGAACAGACACAAAAUAACCGCCACCAUUGGGCUUGUGGUACAUGCAGCAGCCGAUGGUAUUGCCCUUGGAGCUGCAGUUUCCAUGUCAACAGCUCACCUCACGCUCAUUGUGUUCGUCGCUAUCAUGCUGCACAAGAUGCCAGCUGCAUUUGGUUUGGUGUCCUUUUUACUGCACGAAGGCUUUGAUCGACCGAGGAUACGAAAGCAUUUGUUCAUAUUUGCGGCGGCUGCGCCAUUAGGGGCCAUUGUCACAUACAUGUGCUUGAACGUGAAAAGUAUGGCAUCUCUAAAUGGUACACACACUACAGGGAUAGCGAUGUUAUUCAGCGCUGGGACGUUUCUAUACGUAGCGACCGUUCAUGUUCUACCGGAGAUCGCUAGUCGUCACACCAAGCAGACUUUGAAAGAUGGAACUGUUGUAAUUCAUGAACAUAAGGGAUUCACAAAAGUAGACCUUGUGGCUUUGAUUACUGGGGCUGUUAUUCCAGUAAUACUUAGUCUAGGGCAUAGACAUUAACUUUCAUACAUUCUGAGUGUAUUUUUUAUUCCAUUAUUUAUUUUUGUGUUAAUUUUAUUUUUACUAUUCAUCAAAUAAUACUUGAGCUAUACUUUCAUCAAAUAAUACUUGAGCUAUACUUCUCAUUUGUUAGUCAGCAUUUGAAUUGGUGUAAAGCUCUGGUUUACAUGAAAGAUCGCCUUACAUAUAUAUCUGUUGGGGUGGUGCGGUGGUCGAGUGGUAACACUCUGGUCUACCAUUCCAUAGGUCCCCGGUUCAAAUCCCGGCCGGGGCACUGGAAAUUUUAGAAAUGCUUCAAGUGUUUCCCACCCAACUAGAGAUGUACUGGUAUGAAACCCAGGUAAUUCUCGCAAGUAUCGGUGCUAUACACUGAGCACGUAAAAGAACCAAGGUAUCUAUUCGCAAAGAGCUAGGGUAUCGCACCCGGAUUCCUUGUAUCCCAAAACUGUCUCUUCUGCUUGCUGUCUCUUAAACAAAACCAAAAUACCCCAUUGGAAAUAAGUGCUUGCACUUUCAUGGGUUAUCCUUGACCGCAAGGUCAAAAUAAAUACACACACACUGUUUCAACUGCAGGUAUUAAGUUGAAACUUCAGACAUGUGUUUAGAGUCAUUUUGUGAUGUGACUAACCAAGGCCAAUAACUCUGACCUGCAAUGAAGCUGAAUUAAUGUCUUAUUUCAGGAUCAUUAUUUUUGGUCACUCACUGAUAGAAAAGGUAAAUUAUACGAUUAAAGCAAAAAAUAGUGAUGCGCUGUCUUUAGAGAGGUCUUGUUGUUGUUUUCUGGUUAAGCAGCUACUUUUAGAGAUACUAUUGUAAUUUAAAUUUUUAAGAAUAAUUAAAAACUUUUAAAGAUCAUUACGAUUUCCUUGCCACUAUAUCUUGAACAUGAGGAAUGAAAGUAAAUAGGUUACAAGAUGAUUUUAGCAGUUAAAAUCAGUUGUGUUCUGUCUCGUUAAAAAUACUCAGAAAAUGUUUGUUCAUACCUCAAAAAAUGAAAAAAGAAUAUGUCAAGUGGACAUGCAGCUGUUAUUGUGAUCCUGGCAUCUCGAUGCGGGAGGAAUAUAGUGAUUCAUGUGAACAUAGUUUUAUUGUAGAGAUUAUCUGGUCAGUGUGGUAAAUAUUAAAAGUUGUAUGUGUUCUGUUAUGGAAACAUAUAAAUAGCUGUAUUUGAAAACUGGUGCUUUAUUUACUGAGGUUCCAGUAUUUGGUUUGUUUUUGUUUUUCUUAUUGUACAAAAAAAAAAACUGUUGCACUAUCAAUAAAAAAAACACUAUAAUUUAAUGAUAUAAGAUAUGUAACAUUUCUAUAGAUAACGCUCGCAAUCAUCCUUUUUUUUCUGCCCAGGCUCAGUACAAAGUUUCAUAGAAAUCAAUUUACUGGUGGCUUAUUAUUUCUAUGAUAACUUGCAAUAUCAGUGUGCAUCUGUUGAGUAACUAGAUCUGUAUACACAGAAUCAUAAGAAGGAUUCCUAUUUAGAACAGUGUUGUAAUUUUUAUUAUUUUAUAUCCAAUAAAUUCAUCCAAUGGGCAUUCUUCAUAUGUGCCACAUGACUGUCCAAUAUAUUCCAGUAUUGGAUCCAAAAAAAUCUGUAUUUUUUCCAUAUUUGACAGUUGACUAAAAGUGCACAAGAAAUUGUUUUAUAAGGAUAAAAGCUGUUACUGAGAAAAAGUAUCCAAAUGUACAAUAAUCGAUUCACACAGGGGCUUGACUUGAAAAUAGCAUAGAUGCCAUAAAAACGUCUGUUUCAAGUGUUUUAAGUGUAUUGUUUAUGUUGUCGUUUGACUUUAAACUGUGUGCAAGUCCAAAUACAUCUCUGUAUUGUACAGUGAAACGUCUAGUUAACUAUAAGACUUGCAUGUUGUAGAUACAUGUAUUAUUUAUAUUUUAACAUAUAAUUUCAAAUUAUUCACUGCAGAAAAACAGUGGCUAAUAUUAAGGUAUUGUACAACAAUAUCUGCUAGACCAGUGUAUCUAAAAUUCCCCAUAUCAGUUGUAGUCAUUAUACAAAAUCUCGCAACAACAACUGGCAAUGUGGCAUCUUUGUGUGUUAAGAUUAAUUUGUUGUGGUGUAAUAAUGUAUGUUUUGGUUGCACUGUUUGCAUCAUAUUGCAUAUAUUACACACAUGUUGUCUUCUUAAUAAUGUUUGGUUACUGGUAUAGAAGGUGUUGUAGAUAACAAAUCAUGGUAGUUAUUAAGAAGUUUGUAUACAAAUAUGAGAUUUUUACAUUGUUAUUUGUACUUUGUAAAAAAGUUGCUAUAGCUUAUCAUAUGUAAACUUGAAGUCAUGAAUGUUCCUGUGGUUGUGGGUCAAGACAAGAACCUGUUAUUUGUGAAGGAUGUUAUGCAAUAUAUGGGCCAUGCUCUGUGAAAAGGGGGUUUAAUGCAUGUGCGUAAAGUGUCAUCCCAGAUUAGCCGGUGCACUCUGCACAGGCUAAUCAGGGACGACACUUUCCGCUUAUAUGAUAUUUUCUGUUUAAAGAAAGUCUCUUCUUAGCAAAAAACUAGUUUAGGCGGAAUGGGUUGUCCCUGAUAAGCCUGUGCUGUCUGCACAGGCUAAUCUGGGAAGACACUUUAUGCACAUGCAUUAAACCCCCUUUAUACAGAGCACGGCCCAUAUAUUAUUAAUAUAGGAUUAAAAUUAACUUUUUAAGAUAUUACAAUAUCAAUGAUCACCAUCUUUAAAUAUGUAUUGCCCAUGACAACGUUAGCUCACCUUAGCAUAAGAUGUUCAUGGUGAGCUUUUGUGAUGGCCUUUUGCAUCUUUUGUCAUCAACAUUUCCCUUGUAAACACUCCUGUUUUAUUUUGAUUGUUUUAAGCCACUCCCCUAAUAAUUAAUAUAUCAAAGGAAACUUUACCUGUGUCAUAUUCUCCUUACAAUUUAUUAUCAUUCACCCCCACCUUCUGGUACUGUUAUCUCUGGCUUUUGAUUUGUUUGAAGACUGUAUCUAUUCACGUUAAUUUUGACUAUUGAAACCUUUAAAACAUAAAUAUAUUGGUGAAAUAUACUUCAUAUUAGGUAUUUUAAGAAAUGUGUUGAUUUGUUAGUAUUGUUAAUAAAAUUAAUGUGUUUGUGUAACGAAGCAUGAAUAUUCACAACUGCGAUUCUAUUUAGCUCUAUACAUGUAUACUGUAAUCAGUAAUUGCCCAAAGUAUUAUGACAAUAAAAGUAAUAAACCUUACUUGUCACAAUAUUUAUUGUCAAGGAUAAUGCGGGGGAAAGAGAUCUGGAUGGGUUUUUUUGUGUUUUGGAUAGUGGUUGUUUAAAAAAAAGUCAAAUUUUAAGUACUUGUGUGUUAAAUACAAUUCUACUUUCAUACUUUUUUUCCCCGUUUCAAAGAAAAGGGGGUAUAUAGUUUUCGCACUGUCCGUCUGUCUGUAAGUCUGUCUGUCAGUCUGUCACACUUAUCGUGUCCGCUCUCUAAUUCAAAUAGUUUUCAUCCAAUCUUUACGAAACUUGGUCAGAAGUUGUAUCUAGACAAUAUCUAGGUCAAGUUCGUAUAUGGGUCAUGCCAGGUAAUAAAACUAGGUCACGGGGUCGAAAAAACAAAUCCAAGGGAAGUAAUAAGCUUUAAAUGGACAUUAUUAUCUGACCUGCAAAAUUAUAUAUUUCUGUUAAAUAAAUCAAAGUGGCGCAGUAGGCGGCAUUAUGUUUCUGACAAACACAUCGUGGUAAAAGGUCAAGGUCAUCUUUCACGGUCUAAGGUCAAAAAUACAAAUCCAAGAGAAGUAAUAAGCUUUAAAGGGAGAUAAUAAUUUAAUAUUGAACAUAGCAACUUGAGUGGUGAAUCUAAAGUCACGGUAGUGGCUUUUAAUUAUUUGCUACUAAAAAUAGAGAUUUGUUAGAGACAAAUAUUUUCAAGGGAAGUAAUUUAUAUAAUUAUAAAUCUCAGAUUAUAUAUUUUCUUACCAAGAAUUUAAGUUCUUUUCACAGUUACUGUACAGAUUUUUUAUUGUGAUUAUUUAUAACUCAAAUGAUUUGUCAAAGGUUUUUUUUUAAUGAUAUAAUUAUCAUUUCUUUCCUGUACUAAUUUGUGAAUGGUAGCGUUCAUUACAUACUUAUGUCCAUAGAUACGUGAUGAACUCUUGCUAUGAUCUCUUUGAUAAACCACAGGCCUUGGUUGUCAGUCAUGUCUGACUUGGUCAUUUUUAACUGUCUACAGACCCCCCCCCCCACCACCCCCCAGCCCGGUUGGAUUGGACAAAAUCCAAGGGAAGUAAUAAGCUUUGAAGGGAGAUGAUUUCUAUACCUGCCAAAUGAUAAAUAGAAAUUUUAUUUCAAAGCGGCGCAGUAGGGGGCAUUGUGUUUCUGAUGAACACAUCUCUUGUUCACAAUCUUUUUAACAUUUUGUCAUUAUUAAGUUGGAUUUUUUCUGCUUGUAUUGUUUUAAAAAGCAUCAUAUUCAUAUGUGAAAUUGAUUCAUCUCAAUUCAAUCAUGUAUUAAAUAGAGAUUAGCUCAAUUCACUUUGGAAUUUCAAUUGUUGUGCUCUGUUAGUUGAAUUAUGUAGACCUUGGUAAUUUUUCAUUUAAUAUUUUUCUGUGUUGUCACUGAUAUAGACACAAAACAUGUGUUGUCAAUUGCCCAACAGCGCCUUGUUCUGUGAACAAUAGUAUACACAUGUAUUUGAAUAGUAUUUAAGUAAAGUAUUAAUGUUCAUAUUGUGUUAAAUUUGUAAAAUUUAAUAUUUUGUAAUGAACAUAUGUAAAUAAAUCAUUGAACAUACCAAA